CUAGUCCAUACUGUCACAGAUAUUGUCAUGUUAAUCUGACAACUCUUUUUUAGGUUAACUUUCUCGGAAAGUGAAUACAUAAAAUAUUUACAGAAGAUUAAUAUACGUCUGUUACACAAAAUAGAGUAAUGAAUAGAUAAAUACGCGAAUACAAUUACAAAAUGCCAAUUUUUGAAACUCUGAGCAGUGAUAAACAGAUUGUUGUCCUCGAUAUCGGGGCUGCUUAUACCAAAUUCGGUUUUUCUGGAGAGUUCUCUCCCAGGACGAUAAUAAAAUCUGAAGUCAGAUGCAAAACUUCCAAACAAUUCAGAAGAGUUUGGAAUUACAAAUCAGCCGAGGACCUUUACGACUUACUAGUAGAUUUCAUGCACAGUAUUUUCUUCAAAUAUGCUCUAGUCAGCCCGAAAGACAGAGCAGUCAUCAUCGUAGAGUCUCUACUGUGUCCUACACUAUUCAGGGAAACUCUAGCGAAAGUCCUAUUUUCCCACUAUGAAAUAGCGAUGUUGUUGACCCUGCCUUCACAUUUGGUCAGCUUAUCAAGUCUAGCUGUAGAGACAGCUAUGGUUGUCGACGUUGGAUAUAAGGAAGCUGUUGUAAUACCGGUAUGCCAUGGGUUACCUAUCAUUCAGGCCUGGCAAGCACUUCCUAUCGCAGCAGAAGCUGUCCACAAUAAUUUGAGGAGUCUUCUAUCAAGUAAGAACACGGGUGUGCAAAACUUAUCAGAAGCUGUGUUGGAGGACAUAAAAAUCAGGUGCUGUUUCGUUACUGAAAAAUCAAGGGCUGAACAACUAGCUCUUGUCAAACCUGGCAUAAUUCCGUGUCCGGAAGUUAAAUUUCCUGUAGGCGGCACUGAUAGUGUCAUCGUCACCGGCAAAGUCAGAGAACGAGCUUUCGAAGUGCUCUACGAGGAAGACAAUGACCACUUGUGCUUAUCAACGAUGAUUUUGGACGCCAUCCUCCAAACUGACAUAGAUUUGAGGCAGAAGCUGGCUGAUAACCUGUUGAUGAUUGGAGGAACUACCAUGACACCCGGAUUCAAGGCACGACUGAAAGAAGAGUUAGAGAAACAGCUGAAAUGCAAUAGAUACAGCAAGCUCAAUAUUAAAUCCUUCGCUUUUCAUGAUUUGCCUUGUAAAGAGAACUAUGCCGCGUGGUUAGGAGGGGCCAUCUAUGGUGCCACGGAACUCUUGAACAUGAAAGCUGUAACAAAAGAGAUGUACUUCAAGGAAAAUCGUUUGCCUGAUUGGAUUAAUCUGAGAGAUAAUGUAAGAACUCUUUGAGGACAUCUCGGUUUUGGCAAGUCUUUUGAAUUGUUCGAUGUACUGCCUUUUAUUUCACUCACCACAACUAUCGUUUAAAAUUUUGUAAGAAGUUUGUAUGAUUUAAUGUUGAUAAAUGUGAUGAAUUAGUUUGUUUCAUUCAACUCGAAAUAAAUGUAAGCUGCACAUACUUUACUUUUAUAAUCUAUUUAUGUACUAAUUUAAUCUAAUGUAUGUUAUUUAUAACAAUAAAAAGUUUAGAAACUAA